AUGUUUUUUCAGCUCUAUUGAGCACCAGUCAAUUUUCGAAGUAUUGAAAUUUUAUUUUGUAUCCGGACGUGGUGCUCCCAGCAUUUAGAUCUCUUAAAACGUUCCGUGCACAAUGUUGGCCAGGUCGAUUCUCUCCGUGGCGGUCUGCGGACUGCUGCUUUCGCCGCUCCUGCCCACCGCCCAUGCGUCCCAGGAGGAGGACACCAACUCCUCCGCCGGCAAGCAAGCGGACAAGCAAUUCGCCGUGGAAUUGGAUCCAGAAACCUUCGAAACUGCAGUCGCCGGCGGCAAUGUCUUCGUCAAGUUCUUUGCACCCUGGUGCGGGCACUGCAAGCGUCUUCAGCCGCUUUGGGAGCAGCUGGCGGAGAUCAUGAACGUGGAUGAGCCCAAGGUGAUCAUCGCCAAGGUGGACUGCACCAAGCACCAUUCCCUGUGCGCCACCCACCAGGUCACCGGCUAUCCCACGCUGCGUCUCUUCAAGCAAGGCGAACCGGAGUCAGUCAAGUUCAAGGGAACUCGGGAUCUGCCCGCCAUCACCGACUUCAUCAACCAGGAGCUGAGCACUCCCGCGGAGGCGGAUCUGAACGAGGCCAAGCGCGAGGAGGUCGCGAACCCGAAUCUCGGCCAGGUGGUGGACCUCACCGAGGAGACCUUCGCCAAGCACGUGUCCAGCGGCAAUCACUUUGUCAAGUUCUUUGCUCCCUGGUGCAGUCAUUGUCAGCGACUGGCUCCCACUUGGGAGGAGCUGGCCAAGGAGCUUGUGAAGGAACCCAGCGUGGCCGUCUCUAAGAUUGACUGCACUCAGUUCCGCUCCAUUUGCCAGGACUUCGAAGUCAAGGGCUAUCCCACUUUGCUGUGGAUCGAGGAUGGCAAGAAGAUUGAGAAGUAUGCGGGCUCCCGAGAUCUUUCCACUCUGAAGACCUAUGUGGAGAAGAUGGUGGGCGUAGCACCAGUGAAGACGGAGGAGAAGGCCGAAGACCAGGCAGAAGAGAAGGCCGGUGAUGAGAAGGAGGCAGGCAGCGAGGAGGAUGCGGCCAAGAAGCUUAUUCCCCAACAGAUUACCGGCGAGGCGGAGUUCGACGAGGCCAUUGCAGAAGGUGUGGCCUUCAUCAAGUUCUACGCGCCGUGGUGCGGACACUGCCAGAAGCUGCAGCCCACAUGGGAGCAGCUGGCCACGGAGACGCACCAGGCGCAGAGCAACGUGAAGAUCGCCAAGGUCGAUUGCACGGCGCCCGAGAACAAGCAGGUGUGCGUUGACCAGCAAGUGGAGGGCUACCCGACGCUCUUCCUCUACAAGAACGGCAAGCGACAAAACGAAUACGAGGGCAGUCGCUCGCUGCCGGAGCUGCAGGCCUACCUAAAGAAGUUCCUGGCUCACGACGAGCUCUAAGUCCGCAGGACGUUCAGAGCCCGGGGAUAUCAGCAGCAGUCGAAUGAACAAACAAACACGCCCGCCAAACUAAUUGUAAUCGCAAUGUUUUCUCUUCAAAAUAUGUACCAGCAGAAGCCUCUGUGAGGAGCCCGCAUUUAAACUAUUGUUAUCAAGAACAACAACAACAACAAAAACACCCAAAAAGACAACAUGCUAGCUGGAUUCGAUAAGUCAUUCAUCACUUGUGAUCUUUGUUCCCCCGCUGUGUUCAAGUUUUCGUCCUCCUCUUCGCCAGCUGAGUUUGGUUCCAUGUUUUUUUAUGUUUUUAGUAUUUACUUCAAUGGGACACAGGACUGUGUGAACGAACAAUGCCAUUUAGCGAACUUUAUUUCCAAUUUCUAAAUCACUUUGUGGUCGGUAGGCUACUUUUAAGUCAUCCUUAGGAAAAAUUGUCAGAACAAUACAAAUAAAUAUCAAUUGGAAAACAUGA